AUGCAGGAGCGCGGUAGCAGCAGCACGUGAAGCUUCAGUCCAGCGCUGGUCUUCGUGCAGCACGCACGUUGCCGCUCCUCUUAUUGUUUGUGUGACCUGCACUCGAAAUAGUGGCAAAAGUGAAUCCUUGGACUGAGUUGUUGCAUUAUUAUUAAACGCGAUGGCGAGCUUAACGCUUGAAGAAGAUUUAAAUGCAGCUGCAUGUUUAGUUGCCAUGAAGGGCGGUGUUAGGUUGAACCAGUGGGCGGCUCCAGCCACCCACAUACAACGCCCACGUCUUCAAGUAAAAACUCAUCUAACGCUGCAAAACUCGUACCACGAUCCACCACCAACACAUACUCCUGCUUCCAGCCCCGAGCACUCACCUUGUGAAUAUACACACCACACCCUACCCCUCUCUCCCGCCCACCAUAUGUAUCAGCCACCCACCCCGCCCACACCACCCUCGCCCCCUACACCCAACAUGGAGGACCACUCAUAUUGCCCCCCCAUGGAUACAGACCUAACAGCAGAUAACUCCGUGUACCUGAUCGCCAGCAUCCUAGCUGACCUCAAGCGCGUACAACAAGAUCGGGUCGAAGUCAGAGAGAAAGAGCCUCCACCCACGACAGAAGACAUUCCCACACCCGCCCACACCCCCACACAGACUCAGGAGCUACCACUCGACUUUAGUAGGAGAGGGGUGUCUGAGGUAGCCGCUACACCCGCCCCAACACGAACCACCAGAGGCACGGGUGGGCGGCGUGGGCGGGCCACCCAACACAAGGAUAAAGAAGAUAAACGAGCACACCCCUGCAGCUUCCCCGGCUGCGAUAAGAUAUACGGAAAAUCAUCACAUCUCAAGGCCCACCUCAGGACACACACAGGAGAGCGACCAUUUGAGUGCACAUGGACAACUUGCUGUAAAAGAUUUGCCCGCAGUGAUGAGCUGGCACGACACACCAGGACUCACACAGGGGAGAAGAACUUUGUUUGUCCAGUGUGCCAAAAACGAUUUAUGCGAUCGGAUCACCUCAGCAAACAUGCACGACGGCACCCUGAUUUUGAUCCUGCACUUCUUCGGCAGCGGCGCCAUGCUCUUCCAACACUGAUUACCACCUCUUCUCUGGUUACAUCAGACAGUGAAGAACCAAGUUCACCUUGAGAUCUGUCACUCAUAGGAUGUGUAUCCAAGCUGCUGCCGUCUCUGUGCCAGAAGCGGACCUUUUGCCGCACAGUACAAAGUGGCGUUAUUUUUCCAGCGCUGCAACCUUAUGAGGGGUGUUGAGGCGUCAUAGUGGUGCAAGAGAGGACCAAUAUGGGAUUGUUUUAAGUGAUUUUGUGGUGCGAUGUUUGUUGAAUCCACCACAAGAGUUCGAUCCACCCACUUACUGUAUUUGUAAAUAUUGUUUUUUCUUCAAAGGUUAAUAGGCUCUACCCACUCAGGUCUGUGAGGCAUACCACACAAAACCUACAAUUGCUCAGCAUUACGUAUUGAAGUGCAACAUAAUGUAAUGGUGAUGAGUGUCAUGUAUCAUCUGUGCACAUGCUUUCAUCGGCUCAAAACAGAUGUGAUGUAUAUAUAUUUUACAUGAAACAGUUAAUGAUGCUCUUUUUAUAUCAAAUGUAUUUUUAAUUGUGUUCCAUGACUUAUGGGAGUGUAUCACAGCUGUGUCUUGUAACUCAGAUUCAUAUACAUAUCUUAAAAAUAGGUUCAAAUUGUAAUCAUAUGCACAUGUAUAUGUAUACCUAUGAUACCUAUGUAUUCCUCAUGUAUGAGUGUGUGAUCCUCUAUAUCCAUUUGAAGCACCAUGGAUGACCAUUUUGGGGAUAAAUCUGAGUCACUUUGAAGAAGGUGAACUCGGUCUGAAAUCACUCAUUUGGUCUCCAUAGAAUACAGGGUUAUUAGAUAAUCAGAGGAUGUUUUACCCUACCAUGUACAAGAUGUCUGUGUGAUUCAGCCACCAAGACCACCCUCUGAGUUGAUUCCAGUAAGCUGUAUGACACAGAUGAACAUGCUGGAUGUGUUCAAGGUAUGGGUAUGCUGGCUUUCUCACAUGUUUCAUUUUCCAGGUCAUAUCAGUAUAUAAAAAUUAAUGUUAAUUGAUUGUGAUAAUUUUUUAUGACUAGCAGAACAAAGAGAAAUGAGUGUUUAAAAUCUUGUAUAAGAUUAACAUUCAGUCAGUAGUAUGUUCUUCACUGUGGUUUAAUGAACAAAACAAUUCAGUCAAGCCUUUUCCUUUACUAAAAGCUACAUAAAUUUUUUUGGCAGUUAAUUUUGAUAUGCUGAUAUGACAGGUUGUAGUACUUUACCUGGUGCUAUAAAGUGCCUUAGAUGGUUGGGGCACCAAUGUUCCCAGACUCAGCAUCAUCCCUGUGUGUGUAAGAUGUCCAGUCAGUAUCCUCUACAUCCAACCCACUUUCAUCCUUUUCAUUCCCUUUCCUUGUGUUAGUUAAUGUAGUAUGACCUCAAUAUGUGCAUACUACCCAAAAAUUCAUAUGUUUAAUGUUAGGCAUUAUUUAUCCAUAUAUACUGUACUUCAUGUAUUCAUGUUGUAUUGCCAUAUUAUUAUUAUUUAAAUACCUCUCACUGUGUUCCUGUGAUGGCGUGCCACUUUUGAAAUGUCAGACUGGAAUGCAAAUCAAUUUCAUGGGCAGCAUUAAAGUGGCCUGUUUUCUUAGUAACUCUUGGCAUUAGUUACUUGCCAAUACAGCACAAGUGUCAGCUCUGCUAUCACCUUAUAUUUGAGGCCUUGAGAGGUAACUAAAAAAAAGCCCAGUACUGUAUUAAGAUGAACUUUCAUGACUAUUGAGGAUAAAAUGUUGGCAGCUUUUUUAAUAGAAAUUGUAUAUUUUGUAUUAAAACUUGUUACUCACUAUAGUAGUGUUACCAUAGGUGAAUGUUCAAACAGUAUUUAUAUGUUUUAUGAUGAUAAUGAGGUUUGAUUGUGUUAAUGUACCUCAGUAAAUCUUUAAAUAGUUUACCAUAAAAAAUAUUUUUGUUUAUCAAAAAGCUGUCAUUUAAAUGUCUACACAUUGUUGCUGAUCAUUUGCAGUAUCCUAUCUCAAACUUGAAGACAGUGUGUGUCUAGUCACUACAGGACUUACCAUAAACAAAGUAAUACAGAAAGCAAAUGACUAUGUAAUGCAUGUACUUAGUCGCAUGACAUUUCAAAUAUUCCUUAAUCUUCAAUCCACUGUUAAAACUGAAGGGAAAUGUUUUGCCUUUCUUUUGCGGAGUUUAUGGGCGUGAAGCCAGCGCAAUGUUUAAUGAUACGACCUCAACUGUAGUGCCAUAUGAUUAAGUAAGGAAAAAGUUUACAUGGCCAUUGGCCAACUGGUUAAUAUUAUCCUCACUUGUAUUAAGAAGUUUUGUCUGCUGCUCAAAAAGUUCAAAAGUAGUGGGCUUAGACCAAUAGUUACUCUCACGAUAGAUUCUUUGAAUGUAUCUGGUGCAGUGAUUCAAGGUCAUCCCAGAAAAUAUCUGCCAAAAAUUGAAUUUCUUAUUAAAAUUACUUGUAGCAAAGAUAUUCAUUCAUUUCAGUGUGUGUAAAGGCAGCCAUAUAUUAGGUAUAUACAGUACUGUAAAUGUUUCCACUUGUCCUCCAUCUAGCACCUUCAGAAUGAGGUAUCCAGGCUUAAACUACUAUAUGUGAUCUUCUGUAUACCCUAUCAAGAUUAAGAGUAUAAUUAUUUUCCGUACAGUACUUAAAAUAUAUUUAUCAGCAUAGUCGAGUCUUUUGCACUAGUUCAUAUUUAUACUAUGUGACUGGUAAGAUGUAACUGAGAAAAAUUAAAAUAAUGGAAGCAUCAUUCUUUCAUAAUAUGUAUGUUAGUGAACGAAAAUGUGGUCCAGUGUAAAUGAAGCGACAAAGAUGCUGGGCCACUGAAUGUCUUCUUUUUAAUGCUCUGUGUUCCAAGGGUCUCAGUUUAGUGUUAUUUUUAAUUCACUUUGUACAAAAGACAUAUAAGUGAUUUUCAAUGCAUUGCAUUCAUUUUAUUACAAAAGGUUGUUCAUUUAUAUGACGUAUUCAUAAGUCAGGAAAUUAGCAAAGUAAACUUCCCAAAUACUCGUCUUUAUUGGAGUCUAGAAAUAAAUGUUUUGUUCCAAUUAGUUCAGUGCAGUUCCUUCCAGUUAAUGUUAUUACUGUCUUCUUUAAUAAAUGAGGAAAUUAGUUGCUACGAUUUGUAAAGCAUUUUGUUUAAACUUAUAUCUACACAAACAGUUGUAAAGCAGUCAGUGGUGACAUAACUGGAGUUGUCUGAAUGAUACACAAAUAACCUACACAUAGGAGAAAGAAACUUAUGGUGAUGUUUCGGUCCAACUUGGAUCACUAAUUAUGUGCAGGUUAUUUGUGUAUUGUUCUGGUCACUGUAUUGUGCCAUUGUCUAAAUGGUUCAUGGGCUGUGUUCAUGAGAAAGUAAUGCCACGUGAAAUACUUGCAAGUCAGCAAGAUAAAUAUUUAUUUCAUAGACAAAAAAAGUGUUCCUCUUGUACUGUACUUUGCAUGAAUUUGUUCAAUGUAAUAGUAGUGAUAUACAGUAUCAUGUAUUACACUGACACCAGUACAUAUCUUGGGAAAUGUGAAUAUUUCAUAUGGCUUUUACAGGCAGUCUCUCUAGAACAUGACCUAAUCCUAAUGUUAUCCUGAAAAAGUCUUUCAUAAUUCACUUUCCAGAAUAAAUAUUUUUGAGGGGGAGCUAAUUGUGUCAUCACACCAAAAAUGGUUUGUUUCUUAGCCCUGAAGACAAUGUUGAAAAAGUUGUGUAAAUAAAGAGAAAUUAUGUA